UACAAAAUAAUGAACAAGUCAUAGACUCCUACAGACCUGGGAAAGAGAGCACUUCCGUUUCCAAGAUGGCCGUCGGUAGACGAAAAUUGCAGAUUUUGUCGCUGUUUUUCGUGUUUCUGGGCUGUUUAAGGGCAGCAGAGAGCGAGCAACCCAAAAUAGGCGGCACAGAAAGCUCCCCUCAACAUCCAGUAACACUGAUCACCGCCGACGCCAAUGCCACAAGCAGUGAUGACAAGGGAACCCGCCCGUCCAACACCACUCUGACGGACAACCCCACCACCCCUCCCACGGGUGUGCAGACAUCACACGGCCCAACAGACGGCCCGCCCACCUGUCCCAGUAACGCUCGCUGCAGCGUGCUGGCAGCCCAGUGUGUAACAUGUACCUACAACUCCUCCUGUGUGUACGGGACAGACAUCACACUGCAGUGUCAGAUCAGGGACGGCAUACAGUGUGUGGGACCAACUGCCUUUACAAGAAGUAUGAAGUGUCAGUUUUGCUACCAGACAGCAGACACUGAGCAUGACUGUACUCACUCCACAGACUGUAAGGUCAUCUCUACACCACGGGAAAGAUUUCAGGCCAACUGUACUGUCAAAGAAUAUGUCUUCUGUUUUGGUGCGAGGACAUUCCCCAAGUCGCUGGAGUGUAACUGGACCUCAGGUUACCGAUGGUCGACAGCACUGAUCCUCAGCAUCACCCUGGGGGGGUUUGGGGUGGACAGGUUCUACCUUGGACAGUGGAGGGAGGGGCUGGGAAAACUCUUCAGCUUCGGCGGCCUGGGUGUCUGGACACUGGUGGACGUCCUGUUGAUCGCUGUGGGCUACCUGGGGCCUUCUGACGGCUCCCUGUACAUAUACUGAAACUACUGUGUACUUUAAAGGUAAAACUGUAAUUUUGUUCCAACACAAAAGGUAAAUGUUCUCACCUAGAGCUUCAACCAGUCACUCUGGGCUUCUUCCUUAGACUGACCCAGUGAGACUUGUCACAUGGUUUCUCUGAAGUGUGAAAUCAAUACCGGGUCAAAGGUAUCUUGUAUAAAGAUGAACAGGGUGUCUGACUGGUCAAAAGCUCUAGGUGAAAACAUUUACCUUUUGUGUUGGGUCAAAAGUUUUACCUUUAAACAUGUAACUACAAACACAGAUGAACUUUCAUAAUUAUUAGUAACUGUAUACUUUGUACAGGUGUAUAUAUUCUCAUCACAUUGUGUCAAGGAUGAUUGAAUACUAGUAAAUAUAUCUGUAAAGUUGUGAGAAAAAAGAAUUCAUUUUCCUCAGUUUUCACUUUCUGAAUCAAUGUACAUGCAUAUAGUUGACUCCAUAUAUAUAGUGAAUCCAACUUGAGAUACUUAUGAAUCAUGUAAUAUGAUGAUGUAUGUACACAUGUACUUGAAAUGAAGGUGUGCAGCUUACUUUGUUGUUGUCAUUCUAUUGCCAAUCUUUGCAAUAUACAGCAUGCUUCCUACUGUUGUAUAAAAUUAAAUCGUUGAUGCUAUAGCCAUGAGGCAAAGUAACAUGUACAUGUAUAUAUACACACAACCUGUAUAUAUAAAUCUGUAUAUUCACUGGAAUUUACUUGUGAAUUAAGUCAUUAACAGCAUGCACAAUGCAGGGUACA